AUGUCAAUCAUCAACAAUGUUCGAGGGCGACUCUCUGGAUCUCGGGCAAACGUAGAUCCACAUGAAUGGCGACUUCCGUCAUCUUACUCCACGACCUCUGCAUCAGGUAAUCGGGACAAAGGCACGACAGUCAUUCCCAACCCAACAAUCUUCAGAAAUGUCUUCGUACCUAGUGACCCCUCGCUUGGGUUAAUGGAGGCGAGCCUCGUCUACCCGGACAUAGGCCAUGCCGCACUGCACCUGGCCCUACUUGAAUGCUUCCGGAAGUUGAGGCUUACCGCGAGUAAACUGGACGUCGAGGUGGAACAGCUCGCAGCAUAUUCUGAGAAGCCACCCGUUGAUGCAGGCGCAGCAGCAACAGGGCACCACCAUGACGAUGAAGAUGCUACUGCUGCCUCGCCUACCCGACUACCGGAAUCCGAACGAUGGGAUUUACUACUCCGACUUGCCAUCACCCGCUUCACGGCCUGGUGGAUGAACGUCGACAGAGUCCUAUAUCAUGCCACGGCCUUUACUCACCACGCCGGAGACAAGUCUGCGGUACAGUUGACCAAGGACUACCUGCCUCCCUUGGACGUGCUUCUCGUCUGGUACGCCUUCAUGCUCGACUCCGAGAGUUAUCAGACAGCCAUGUCUUCCACUCGAGCACCUUCUUCUUCAUCAUCAAAGGUGGGAGACAUCUGCUUCCCAUGGCCCGCCAUACGCGACGUGCUAGACUUGAACACCAUGACCUUCACGCUCCCACGCGCCGCAGAGAACCUCUUCUCGACCUUGUCGACUCAAUCCGCGGACAUUUUCACAUACAUUGAAAGUCCCCCGGCAUACGUCGAAUGUCCCGAGUUACCCGUCAAGAUCGACCUCUUCGACCACGUCAAGCAACAGGAGAAAUUCAUGGACAUGGCCCACGAUCUCUUAUGGAUCCGCUCUCCCGCAUUGAAGGGUUCUCUGGAACGAGCCAGCGUCGAAUAUCUAGAACUCCAGCUCUCCUCUUCUUCGAUUGCUUACGACGACGUGCCGAUCCCUUUUGGUGUCGACUUGAUCUGGAGAACCCACAGGCUCUAUCCUCUGCAGUACCAACUGUUUCGCAAGGGGAUUACUUCUUCUUCGUCGUCUUCGUCAUCGUCGCUGUCGUCGAUGUUGUCUUGUACGGAUUCAAAGACACCACCUUCACCUCGAUGCAGCACCGACUCGCUAAGUAAUGGAUCUACGCGUCUCCCUUCAGAGUGCUUGUGCUGGACCUGUGAGCGCAUUCGUGACGAGAUAUCUUCUUUCAGCUAUGACAAGUCCGCGCCAGCGUCUGCUCCAGCUUACGACGUUUCUCUGAUCUCGUCGCUAUCCUCAGAACAGCUUUAUUCAAUACAGGAUGAUCUGGGGUUCUACAAGGCAGUCGAACGCGCACGGCGUCGUGGGCUAUCUCUUCCAACGCGACCGCCGACAGCGGCUGAGAAGGCAGCUGAGAAGAUGGCGGCGAAGAAGCAGGCCGAACUCGGUCGUCUCCCAGGCUUGAACGAGUACGUUGUCACUUUACCAAAUGGGAAGAAGAAGAUAAAGAGAGCGAAGCGUGUGAGUGCAACUUUUGGACUGAUUGUAUGA